GUGGAGCAGCGUGAGGAUCGUCCAAGAUGGUGGCCACCAGGAGAGGAGUUCUCGUGAGCUCCCCGAGUAAAUCUGACUCUGAUGCCACCUCUGCAGCUCAGGCUACACCAUCCAUUGGCCGAAGAACCAGGAGAACCGCUAACCUCCCCGAGAGCCCCAUGCAGACUACUGUAGAAGAAGCAAGCUCUCAGCUCAAGAAACUAGCACACAACAUCACUGCCCAAAACUCUGCCAGGAAAAGAUGUACCAGGGCAUCAAGACUGCACAGCCCGGACAAGCCCUGCACCCCUGUGGGCUCUGUGCAUGAGGGGGAGAUUUCAGAUAUGGAUUCCUGUUGCUCUGCUUUGUCUGACAUCGAAGCACCAGUGACCCAUAAAAGUGCAAGGAGACAACAACAUGUAGUGACUAAAGAAGAAGAUGGGUCCGAAGUUGAGUCCUGUUCCUCUGUUGCGUCUGUGGCAAAAAUUCGGAGAAGCACGAGGAAAAAGCCAAACUCAGAAGCUUUGGAUUCUGCCAGCGAGGUAAAAGAUGAUAAAACAGAGGGGCUGUGUACCCCUGUAGUGUCUCAGAGAAGUAAAGGCACAAGAACAGCGAGAAGACAGAAUAUUGAAGAGUCUGAGAUGUCUGAGGCUGACAGUAUUACUGGGGAUGUGUCACAGUCUACCACACGCAGGUCUACACGCAUAAGAAGAAAACCUGAUGCUCCACUAAAUCUGGAUGAGAAUUUGGAAAGCUCUCAAUCUAAGGCUCCAACAACUCGAAGAACAAGGGCGACACGAGUCAGAGCUGAAACGGUGUCUGAGCCAAUGUCAUGUGAUUCGGAAGGUUUUGAAUCCGGGCCGUCCUAUAGCAGGGCAGCAUACGGGCGUAAGAAGUGCACAUCCUUAUCGAUAGAUUCAGACUCAGACGUGACAGAUGUGGGUAGAGUGGAGACUCCGAGUAGUAGCAGAACUGGUUCAGGCAGCAGCAAUCAACAAGUGUCAGUGUUGGCAGUGUCAUCUAAAAAACUUAGUGUAGUGUUAGAAAAAAACAUAGUCCCACCUGAAGAGAAUUCAGUGAAUGAUUCAAGGUUAGAAAACACAGUAAUAGAGAAAGAUGCUGAGUGUACAUUGAUAGAAGAAGAUGCAAAUCAAGAAGAUCAAACUCCUCUACAAAAAUCUACACCUGAAGGAAGCAGCGUUAAUUCUCAUAUUGAAUCAAUCCCAAAAACUGACGGGUCUGCAGUAAUGGUAGAAGACCACCAGGAGGAGCUGCCUACUGAAAGUAUAGUUGAUAAAGCUUCAGAGAUGGAAAUUAUACAGGAAACAGAUGAAGCACUAGAGCAAUCAAAGCCUCUUCAGUCAGCAACAGCAACUGGAACAUGUCAUUCUCAAACCACAGGUGUCAAGGAUGAAGAUAUGCAAGUGGCUAUUGCUAACACAGACAUUUUAGACAAUAACAAGCAACAAGAAGAUGGCAACGAUGAUGUGGAAAUGCCAGAGGAAGCGAUGGAAUCAAGUUCAGUGUAUGAAGGGGUCAAAUCCAUUGGAGAGUCUGUGCGUCAAAUAGAAGCGCAAGAGGAGCCCGUUCAAGGCACGUCUAGUCAACAGCACCAAUCACCAGAGGAGCAGUUCCCAGAGCAGCCACCUCAGGGCGCUGUAGUCCAAAAUAUCAGCCUUUUAGACAGCAGUGAUGAUGAUGAAGAUGAUGAUGACGAUGACAUUGCAGGUGAAAUCCGAGAGAGUUCUGGUGAUGAAGAGGAGGAUUUGGGAACUAAUGAAGAAAUAGAUCAUCCCAGGAAGACUAAAGUUACUAAAGCAGUUGAUGGCCUUUUUAUGAUUGACACAAGGCCUGGGCAAGAAGCAGAUGAGCAGUACUACAAAGAGGGGUUGGGACAGGAAGACCAGACUGCACAGAAAUCAGCUGAGGAAGAGGAGGAUGAGUUUGUGGAUGAAGAGGGUGACGAUGACGAUGAUGAUGCAGCAGAUAUCCUCUUCUCCAGCAGGGACCCUAAUGUCAAAGUGUUGUCCAGCCGUAUUGACCCAGGCAUCAGGAUGAAGGAGCUUGGGGGUUUAUACAUCAGUUUUGAUGGCAGUAAAUCAAAACCUGUCUCCAGCUCACAACAAAAACCAAAGGAAAAGAAGAUCCAAGAUGAGGUGAUGAAGAAAAGCGUGAUUGGUCCUGACUUUGAAAAGAAAGAAGCCGUGCCUCCUUACAAAGAAUCCAAACAAGCCCUUAAACUCAAACGCAGAGCUGAGAGGGCGAAAACCACAGGAGAUGCCUGGUUCAACAUGAAGGCCCCAGAGAUCACACCGGAGCUGAAGGGAGACCUGCAGCUGCUGAAGAUGAGGGGCUCAAUAGACCCAAAACGCUUCUACAAAAAGAAUGACCGAGAUGGUUUCCCCAAAUACUUCCAGAUGGGUACUGUUGUGAACAACCCAGUUGACUUCUAUCAUUCCCGAAUUACCAAGAAGGACAGAAAGAGGACCAUGGUUGAGGAGCUUCUGGCAGAUGCUGACUUCAGACAAAAAAACAAAAAGAAGUUUCAGGCGAUCAUGGCGGAGAAGGCAGCAAAGGCAACCGGCAGGAGGCACAAAAUGAAAAGCAAAUUCCAUAAAAAGUAAAUCUGUGGACUUGGCUCAGCGAUACGUAACUUGGAAAGAGGCUUUUUGUGGAUCCU